UCCAGAGUAUAUAGAAGAUUAGAGAGAGACAGAGAGAGGAAGAAAGAGAAAGACAGAGCGAGAGGAAGAAGAGAGAGAUAGACAGAGAGCAGAGAGAGAGAGAGAGAGAGAGAGAGAGGAACCGUUUGUGUGUCCGUUUUUUCUGUUACAUAUAUAUGAAACCAUGGUAUCCGACCAAGAAAUAGCCAGGGGAGUCGAGACCGUCCUCCGUCAAUCCGACCCUAACGCCGUCACCACCCUAAACGGCGUCGUCCAGCAGCUGGAAGGGAAGCUAGGGUUAGACCUGUCCCACAAGGCCGGCUUCAUCAGGGACCAGAUCAACCUCCUCCUCCGCUCACCACCACUAACACCUCAACCACCCCACCCUCAGAAAGACCAUUUUGCCCUCCACCAACACCAACAACACCCCCAGUACCCCCAGUACCCUCCCCAUUUUGCCCUUCAGCAGCAGCAGCAAUACCAAUUCUACCGGCCCGCCGCCGAGGACCUCGGCUUCCGCCACCCUCCUCCGCCGCAGCUGCAACCGCCACAUCCGCCGCCGUCGCAACCGCAACUGCCGUUGGCGACCAAACGGAAACCGAACGUUCAGAAUGCAGAAAGCACACCUGUUGGAACCAAAAGAAGGGGCGGACCAGGAGGUCUGAACAAGGUUUGCGGUGUUUCACCUGAACUUCAGGCCAUUGUAGGAGAGCCUGCCCUAUCAAGAACAGAGAUUGUGAAGCAGCUGUGGGUGUAUAUUAGGAAACAUAACCUCCAGGAUCCAAGUAACAAGAGAAAGAUAAUUUGUGAUGACCCGUUGCGUAUAGUCUUUGAAACAGAUUCCACCGACAUGUUCAAGAUGAAUAAGCUGCUUUCUAAACAUAUUAUUCCACUUGGACCUACAAGAGAAUCAGGCCAAGCUAAAAGAUUGAAGGAAGAUGUUGAGCCCGCAACUGAAAGUAGAGAGCCUAGUCCACCACCUAUGAUAAUAUCUGAAGCACUUGCCCAAUUUUUUGGUACUGGAGAAAGGGAAAUGCUCCAAUCAGAGGCCUUGAGUCGUGUUUGGGACUACAUAAAAGCUAACCAGUUAGAGGAUCCUCUGAACUCGAUGACCAUAUCGUGUGAUACGAAGCUUCAGGAGCUCUUUGGAGGUGAAAGCAUUUCUGCAUUGGGCAUACCUGAAAUGUUGGCCCGCCAUCACCUUUUCAAGCAAUGAUGAUGUCUGGUCUUGUGGACUGGUUUGGUGGGACACUGCCAUCUGGUUGUUCAACAUGUCAUGGCAGCUAGCUGAUGAACAUGUCUAUCCAAUCUUUUUGUUUUGUUUAGUUAACUUUUAGUUGCGUUUUGGUUGACAUGGUUAGAUGUUCUGAUGUUACUCAAGUUGUUAAUUGAUGAGUAGAAUGAGAAUGUACUUUGUGCUAGUGGCCGGAGACAUGUUGUAAUUAUGCCAUAAGCCUGGAUUAGGUUUCGUUGCUCACAUUUAGUCGCUUUCACGUGCAUAUAUCUAACCUUAUUAUGCUGAUAGAAGGGAAACUUAAUGAUUAUUCUUUUUA